AUGGGAGAUAGACUUCUUCGCUUGAUGAAUCCAUUUGGAGUAGUCACGUCAACGAGCUCAUCGAAUGCCUCUAUCGAUCGCGUUGUGUUUCAGAUAGAGAGGUUAUCAGGCCAAAUCAAUGUGCUGAGCUAUCAGAUCGAUGGAGCGGUGGCAACGAUAGGAGAGCGAGGAGCGGAGACGGUGGCUUCGAUAAGCAACAAUUUCGACAGAGACACAAUUGAAAACGUAAAACGGAUGUUGGUGAGUCAGUUAUUAUGCAGAACAAUGGGCUAUUGGAGCCAUUCAUAUUGA